CUUUCCUUCUUCGCCGACCUUACCCAAACCUCUCCAAACGCGUUACUCGAUUCGGCCUGCUCCUCCCCCCAAAGCAUCAUUCCUCUUUAGGCACUUGAUUCUCUUCAGAGAGCAUCCCAUUCACCUCUCCAGACCACUUGCAUCCACUGUUUGUCCGGGGAUACCUUCUUUUUAAAUCCUCCUUCGACACCAUGGCUGAUAUCACCGCCGUCGCCCCCGACGAGAACCCGUCCCCGACACAGGACGAGCUGCAGCAGCCCGGCAAUGGAGCCGCUGACAACCGCGGCACCAAGCGCGCUCGUCCCAGCGCUGCUGCUGAAGACGACGAUGAUGAUGAAGACAAGCCCGGUCGCGAGCGCAGGAAGAUCGAAAUCAAGUUCAUCCAGGAUAAAUCGCGUCGCCACAUCACCUUCUCCAAGCGGAAGGCCGGUAUCAUGAAGAAGGCAUACGAACUCUCAGUGCUCACAGGUACGCAAGUGCUAUUGCUGGUCGUGUCGGAGACUGGCCUGGUCUAUACCUUCACUACCCCCAAGUUGCAACCCCUCGUUACGAAGGCAGAGGGCAAGAAUCUCAUUCAGGCCUGUCUCAAUGCGCCCGAACCCGCCGGUAACGAGAACGGCGUCGAUGCGCCUGAUGUGCCCGCGGAGUCGCCCGAGGAUGUCAGCCAUAGCAAUGCCAACCCGCCGCAGCCAGGGAUGCCGCGUCCCGGUGGCAUGCACCCAGGCUACCUGACCAACGAGCAGCAGCAGCAGAUGGCCUACUACCAGAAUCUGCAGCAGCAGCAACAACAGGCUGGCGGACAGUACGCGGGGAUGCCCGUGGGGGGCAGGAUGCCGCCGCAGCAUCAACCGACGGCGUAAUAUAUACGCAGUACCGGCCGGUGUAGGGACCUGCUGCUGAACGCUGUAAUGUGGACGAUGGCUCUUGUCCGGUUUUGUCUCUCGAUGCCCCCCCAUUUUCACCCUCGACU